AUACAUUCUCUAAACCAGUAUCUGGUUCUGAUGAGCCCCAGCAGAGCGGUUGGUUUCGCGCUUUCACUAUUGCUGCGUACAAGCCCUAUUUUGAUGUUGAUACAUCAGAUGUUCUGGAGAGAAUAAAAGAUUCACUCUUUCCUUUCACGGGAUCCUUUUCGGAGAAGACCGCCAAUAACCCAGAUUUGUAUGGCCCGUUCUGGAUAUGCAGUACCUUGGUAUUUGUUGCAGCUUCCAUUGGCACGUUUGUUACCUAUAUAGCACACAAGCUACAGAAAAAGGAGUGGAACUAUGACAUCAACCUUGUCACUUGGUCUGCGGGUUUAUUCUAUGGUUAUUCCACUGUAGUUCCUCUUUGCUUGUUUCUAGUCCUCAAGUACUUCUCUGCCCCAUCUGGCCUCGUUCAGCUGCUGUGCCUUUACGGCUAUUCCCUUUUUGUCUUCAUUCCGGCAUUGUGUCUGUCUCUUGUUCCCUGGGAGAUAGUGAGAUGGGUGGUUGCUGGUGUAGCUGGCUUAAUGUCUGCCACAUUUGUCGCUCUUAAUCUGAAACACCACAUAGUAUCGGCUGGUGAAAGGUGGUUCUUCAUUGUGGCUGCUAUCUUCCUGUUGCAACUUGCACUUGCUUUGGUACUGAGGGUUUACUUGUUCAACGUCACAGUAUAACUACAAAAUUAUUGGAAUGCGACUAGGCUCGGUUGGAACAUGUCAUAUAAAUAACAGAGAAAGGACACUGUUCUUGGUAUCAACUCGACUGUAAGUGUGCUUGGUCAUUGAAACGGAACUGUAUUCAUUCAUUUUUGACGAUAUACAAUAAUAUAGUUUCAUCAAAAGGUUCUCAGCUUGUGGUCUUCUUAUUGAGAAUGUCACACUUUUGAGCUUUAAUAGUGGUCUGGGAGUUCGAGGGUCGAUGAUUUAGUCAAACAUUUGUGUUUAGUGGGGAUUUAAUUGUAAUGUCAAGACUGAUUAGCAAAUUCCUACAAGUCCACUUACAAGAUAAUCAAACCAUGCGGAAAUACUUUUGCUUGC